GUUAUGGACAAGAAUGGACAUUCAAACAGCGCUUGGCUUUGGAGUGGUAUUGUUACACAGGGUUCUUUAUAAGUAUCGUUGUCUGCCAGAUGAUGAACACGCUAAUCCGAAAGACAAGGAAAAACACUCUCUUUACCCGCAACUUUUUCAGGAAUAAAAUGAUAUUUUUGGGAUUAUUGUCACAAGUUGGUAUUGGAUUAUUCAUGUGUUAUAUCCCUGGCAUGGACGAGGCCUUGCAUUUCAUGAAUAUUCGAGUUCAGUAUUGGUUUGUGGGAAUUGAAUAUACAAUCCUGAUCUUGGUUUAUGAUGAAAUCAGAAAGCUGCUUAUAAGGAGGUUUCCUGGAAGUGGGGUGGAAGAAGAGCUUUACUAUUAA